AUGUUCAUAAGACAUUCUUCAACAUGUUUUAUCAUCUUACUUGUUUAUGUUGAUGAUGUUAUACUAGUGAGCAACAACAUCACAGAACUGGAGGUCCCAAAAACCAGGUUACAUAACAAGUUUAAGCUUAAAAAUCUUGGAGAUUUAAAGUACUUUCUUGGUUUAGAAGUGGCAAGGUCUAACAACAGAAUUUUUGUGUCUCAAAGAGCUUAUGCUCUUCAAUUACUUGAGGACCUUGGUUACCUUGGAUGCAAACCAGUUAGUACACCUAUGGAGCCAAAUCUAAAGUUGUCACAAGAUGAAAAUGACAAGCUUGCUGAUCCUACACUGUACAGAAAGAUGAUUGGUAAGCUACAAUACCUCACAAUUACAAGGCCUGACAUAGCAUACUCAGUUAAUAAACUGAGUCAAUUUCUAGCUAUGCCCAAAUUCAAACACUUUCAAGCUGCCCAAAGAGUUCUUCAAUAUGUAAAGUCCACUCCUGGACAAGGAAUUUUUCUUCCUGCUGCAUCAGAGAUUCAACUAAGGGUCUAUACAGAUGCAGAUUGGGCUGCUUGUGUAGACACUAGAAGAUCUACAACUGGGUUUUGUAUAUUUCUUGGUAGUUCAAUCAUAUCUUGGAAGAGUAAGAAGCAACAAAUGGUUUCUAGAUCUUCUGCUGAAGCAGAAUACAGGGCAAUGGCAAAUACCACUAGUGAACUGGUUUGGUUGCUCUCUUUACUAAAGGAAUUAAGGGUUGAACACAAAGGGCCAGCCAUAAUGUACUGUGACAACAAAGCUGCUCAACAUAUAGCAGCCAAUCAUAUUUUUCACGAAAGGACAAAACAUAUUGAAAUAGACUGUCAUUUGGUUAGAGAAAAGGUACAGCAAGAAGUUAUAAAAACUGCCCAUGUUUCUACAAAAGAACAACUUCCAGACAUUCUAACAAAGGCUCUAUUUCCUAAUCAAUUCAGGGCACUCAAAGACUAG